AUUAGUAUAGCGGGUAUAGCAGAAGACGCAAAACGGUUUCUGCAUGAGAAUGACUUAAAUUUUCUGCAUUUUCGAAAAUUUGAUAUUAAAAAAUAAGAAAAAUAUUAAGUGUAUCUUAUGAAAAAGGCCAUAACGCUUGAUUACAUGAUGACGGCUUGUAAAACUUUCUUCAACCGUCUUACGAAUUAUAUUAGUAAUCCAGUUUUUCUACAAACAAGAACUAGUAUUCCUUCUCAUCAGCAAAUUGCCACUUUAAAGAGAACUCAAUAUACCAAGUAUGGAAUUCCCGAACCACCCAAGAAACCAAAAACAGCUUUUUUUAAAUUCAAAGAAAUCGAAUUACCACAAAUACGAAAAGAUAAUCCAGGACUUGUAAUGGCAAAAGUUUUGCGUAUAUUAGGUGAUAAAUGGGCUGAAUAUCCUGAAGAGAAAAAAGAAAAUUUAAAACUGGAAUCACGAAAUGAUUUUGAUAAAUAUAAAGAGACUUAUUCAAUUUAUAAAACAUCUUUAACUCCUGAACAACUUGAAACAAUGGAGAAGACAAAGAAGAAGAUUGAAUUGAAAAAAAUUGCUUCAACAUUGAAUAAAAAACGAAAAGAAAUGGAUAAACCAAAGCGACCAGCAAACCCUUAUAAUAUGUAUUGUCGUGACAAAUAUGAAACUUUCGAUAAUUCUAUAAGUUUUAAGGAAAGAAUUACUUCGAUAGCCUCGAGUUGGAAAACUGAAAAUCUGAGCGUGAAGAACAAAUAUAAAGAACAGUAUCAGAAGAAUAUGAUUGAAUAUAAUAUUAAUUUAAAAGAUUGGGAACAAAAAAUGGCCGAUGCAGGACAUUUUGAUUUACUCGGUACAAAGAAACUUCGAAAAUUGCAUAAACAAUUCCAGGAGAAGGCAAAAUCAUAAAACUCUGUUAACUCUGUUCUCGACAAAUUACUUUUAAAUUUGCGUGCUAGUUACUUUAUUUACACAAACAAUGUGAACGAGUGAAAUAAUAAUGAACGAAUUGAAAGAAAUUAAAAUUUAAAAAAAAAAAAGAUUUUUAUACUCAGGGUUUUUUUUUUUGUACAUUCAUAUUAUAAUAUUGUUGAUCGCAAUAGAAAAAGUCAUACCAUAAAAAUG